AGGGAGAGAAUGUAGGCUGCGGGAUGUAGGACAGUAUAUGAGGGGAGCCGAGCCGCCUCGGCUCAGUCGCCGGUUGGAAUCAGACAGACAGAUAAAAUGUUAAGGUCACUGGCGUUAUUGGUUCUGGGAGCUGUGAUGGUGGUGGCGCAGAGGAGGCUUGCUCUGCCAGACCCCCGCAGUUGUGCCAACAGAGUAAGGCACGCGACAUACAGAGAUGCUCGAGGUGUGGCACACUCCUACUUCUUCAGCUGGGAGCACGGACCUACUCGUAACCUGGAGGUUGACUGGCUGGACUCCCGCAACAUCUGCCGCAGACAUUGCAUGGACGCUGUCAGCCUGGAAACCCCUCAGGAGAACGAGUUCGUCAAGCAGAGGAUAGUCCGAAAUAAUGUGAGAUACAUCUGGACAUCCGGUCGCAAGUGUAACUUCGCCGGGUGCGACAGACCAGAUCUGCAGCCCCCUAACGUGAACGGCUGGUUCUGGUCCGGGUCUGGUGCUAAGAUCGGCCCCACCUCUCAGCGCAACACUGGAGACUGGAGCGCCACCGGCGGCUACGGACAGGCUCAGCCUGACAACCGGGAGGCACCUCAGGGUAAUGACGAGUCCUGCUUGGCCAUCUUGAACAACUUCUAUCAGGACGGAGUCAAGUGGCACGAUGUCGCCUGUCACCAUCUUAAGCCUUUCGUCUGUGAGGACAGUGACGAGCUUCUCAACUUUGUCCGCUCACGUAACCCCGGCAUCCGUCUCUAAACCCACCCCACCUGUCCCUCUCUCCUCUUGUGAAUAUUCCCUCCCCACCCACUUAAUAUAUUGUUAUUAUAUUUAGAUUAUAUCGAUGAAAAUUCCCACUGUGAACUUAAUUUUAUUUUGUAAUAAAAUUCUUAUUUAAUUGUAAAAUAAAAAAAGUACAAAUUAA